AUGGCUUCUUCAACGACGACUAAUAAUCAAUCAAAUAUAUUAAAUAAUGAAACAGCAGUUUAUGAAUAUAUGCGACAAUUUGUUGAUUAUCAAGAAAAUGGAAUUGAUCUAAAUGAAUUAUCACAAAUUCGACAACUUGAUAUUUAUUUACAAAAUUGUUAUAAUCGUGUUCGAGAACUUGUUAAUAAUCUACGUAAUAAACAACAACAUGAUUCGCAAUCUCAAUCGGAUAUUCAAACAAUAUUAAUUAAUACUUUAAUACAAGCUAAAGCAAUAGGUGAUAAAAAAAUGCAAUUAAGUCAACAAAUGCUUGAUACUACUGAACGACAAUCAAAAAAACUUAAAAUAGCUUAUCAAAAAUAUAUCGAAUCAAUAAAUCAACAAUCAUCAACAUCAACAGAAAGUAAUUUAAAUGAAAUUGAAUCGGAAAAUGAAUUUGAUUCUGAAAUGAAUAAUCAACGUUCAUUAUCAACAAAAACAUCAACAACAUCAUUAUGGAAACGCAAAACAACAACAAAUAAUCCAUCAACAUCAACAAUAAAUCUUAAACGAAAAUGUGUUACUAAUAAUGAACAUAAUAAUGAUCAACGUGAAAGAAAAAAACCUACGCAAAGAAAUACAAAUUCUAAUACACAAAAUACAAAUAGUGGAAAUAAUAAAAAAUUUAAAUUAAAUAAUGAUACAACAUCAACACCAUCCGAUGAACCAACAUAUUGUUUAUGUUCACAACUUUCUUAUGGUUCAAUGAUUUUAUGCGACAGUAAAUCAUGUGAAAUAAAAUGGUUUCACUUUAAUUGUGUUAAUCUAACAACAAAACCUAAAGGAAAAUGGUUUUGUCCAAAUUGUCGAGAUAAUCGUUCUUAA